AUGAGAGCCUUCCUGAAAAGUUCGGAGGAGUGCUUUCCACUCAAGCCACGGACAACCACCGUCGGGAGAAGCAGAGAGGCAGACGUCGUUCUGGAGUCCGCAGGUGUGGAGGAUCGCCACGCGGUGCUCGAAUUCGCCGGCCCGGGAGCCGGCUUCGUCCUUCAGGACCUCAGCGCCGCCCGCGGCACCUUCGUUAACGACUGCCACGUGCAGAGCGCGGCGGUGAGCGUGCGCGCCGGGGACGUCCUGCGCUUCGGGCCCCAGGGCCCGGCCUUCGAGCUGGUGGUGGUGGACGGCGGCGGCGGCCCGCAGCUGUCCUAUCCACCAGUGAAGCGUCGCAUGGCAUGGCCUGGGCAACUCCAGCUGGUUACAGAGCCCAAACUUCAUACUCCUUCAACUCCUCCCCACCUCCCCUUGCUCCAGUCUCAGCACUGCGCCAGCAUGCACAGCAGCUGGGCCCCCGGAGCAGCCGGACGUGUGCCCCAUCCACCGCUCAGGAAGCGCCCUAUGAGUGCCUGGACUAGGAGCGUGACCUCUUCUUUCUCUCCAGAUGCUUUUAGUAGGUCCUUUGCAGUGAGGCAAGUCUUGACAAAUGUAUCAGGAAAUGGUCAGAGUGGUGCAACAGGAGUUCCUUCAGUGGGGAUUCAUAACAUGGAUUUCCUUCUUCAGGAAAAGGAUGAAAAGCUUCUGAGACUAGAAAAGGAAAUCAGUCGCCUCUCUGGUUUUGAAACUGAAAUGAAGCAUAAAGAUACAGUGAUAACAAAUCUUCAGGAUGAAAUUGCAACCAUGGAGAAGACCAUGGCUCAGGCUGCUGCUAGAAACAACGUAGAGCUGACUCAGAAAUUGCUUACCUUUGACCGAGAAAUGAGAGCAAAAACAGAAGAGAUUAAAGCCUUAAAAGAACAGAUCAGCAACCUCCAGAAAGACUCAAGCGAAGUUUUUAGCCAUUCCCUCUCUGAAAGAGACCUAGAAAUUGUAAGCCUGAAAAAAGAAAGCGAGAAGUUAAAGAGGGAUCAAGCUCUGACUGCAGGACUAGUGACCAGCCUGCAAAGAGAAAUUACUGUGAAGGAGCAGAGAAUUCAGCAACUCAGUCAGGAGGUUGAAAAAAUUAAGAAGGAAAACAGAGAAAAGAACAAUCAACUAGCAGUUGUUUCUGCCAAGUGCUCUAGAAUUAAAGAGGAGAUGAAGCAUGAACUCGGAGACAGAGAAGUAAUUGCUUACCAAAAUCGCAUUGGAGAGCUUGAACUUCAUCUGAAGAGACUACAAGGAGAAAUACAGAAGUAUUGCACUGAACAAGAAACCAUCAGAAACAGACUUUCCAAAAAAGCAAAGGCUGAAGAGGAACUGAAAAAAGCAUGUGAAAGGAAAUCUCAGCAAUUACAGGAGAUGGGGCGCAGGGAACGCCUGCUGAAAUCCGAUUUGGAUCGGACCAAAGAUCAGGUGGAGUCUUUCAAACAGCAAGUGGUGCAAGUCUGUUUUCCACAAGCAACAGGAGCUGCGGAGAAGUCCGUAACAGAUCAGCAGUUAAUUGAGAAGAUCAGGCAGAUCUCUGAAGAAAACCAACAAAGUCUUGAAAAAGAGAAGCUUUUCCAGGAGGAAAUAAGUUCUAGGCUCUCUAAGGAAAAGGAAUUGUCUGAAAAUGUCGAGAUGUUCAAGAAGUCAUUAUGUGAGCUCCAGGCUUUCCUGAGGACCUCUUGUUGCAGCGCUAGUCUGAGACGGGAGCUCUGUAACUUUGAGGCACUGUGCGUGGACCCUUUUGUCUUGGAAAUCCACACAGCUGUGGUUGAAACCGUGCGCCUGCUCCUGGCCUGGAUGGAAGGAGUGGAGCAGCUCCUAGAGAGUGCGGGGCUGGACCUGCCUUCCUCUGACAAAGGAUUAUCAGCUUGUAUCAGGAGAUUGUUGGAAAAUAAUCAUGAAGCCACACAAAGAAUUGAAAUAUUAGAGACCCAAUUAGACAAAAUCCAGGAGUCCCAGGAUGCUUUGCUACAAGAGCAUUUGAACAAGCUAAAAGUAAAACAUGAACAAGACCUACGGAUAAAAAUCAAUAAAAUUAUAUGGGAAAAGGAGGAGGAAAGCAAAGAGAUUCUGGAGAGUGUUAUCGCCAAGGAGAAGGACAAGUUCAAGCAAUCUGUGAAUGAAGAAAAGAAGAAGAUCCAAGACUUGGAAAAUCACCUGAGAAGUAUGACUGAGGUAAUUGAAAUGAAGUCAAAAGAGCAGGAGGCUGUAAAUGUCAAACUACAAGAAGCUAUGGACAACCUAGAGGAAACCGGGAAGCGAGAGAUCAUGUUAAAGCAGCAGUUACUCAUGCAAGAUGAACAGCUGAAGAUCACUCAGGAUGAGAACGAGUUACUGAAGCAGAAACUUCAGGAAGAAAUAGCAGAAUAUAAAGAACAAAUUAAGCAACAUUCCCAGACAAUUGUUGCACUAGAAGACAGACUGCAAGAGGCCAAGCAGGAGCAGAAGACUUUAGAAGAGGAAAACAUGGCACUCUUGGAAAAAAUAGAAGGAUUUCAGAGUGAUCCCUGCAGGUCCUCAUCAGGUGCUUCACGAGUGGUUUCUCAUGCAGAGUCCCCUGGCUGCAUGAAUUUCAGAGAAGAAUUAGCAGCUGCACAGAACACAAUCCUGUCCAAAGAGGCUAUCAUUGUUGGAUUAACAAAAGAGCUUGCAGAAACCAAAGCCCAAAUGUCGGACAUGAGAGGAGAGCUCAGUGAGAAACAGAAAGUGGAGCUGGAGUGGAACGUGAGUCGUGUGAAAUGCCAAGAGAGUGAAUUGAACAUGCUUAGAGAGAAGCUAUUUGAGAUGUCAAACCUUGUGGAUAAGAAAGAUAAAGACCUGAAAGCCAUAGCUGAAGAGUUAAGGCAAGCCCAAGAAAACCUGAAAGUGCUGAAGGAUGCCUCAAAAGAAACAGCAGAAGAGCUAGAAACUCUUCCUCAAACACAAGUGCAGGCUAGCACUGCAGCAGUGAAUGAGGUCUCUGAAAGGGACCUGGCUUUGGACUUGGCUGACCUUGGUGCAAAAUGCAGAGGCCUCAGGCACGAGGAAACAAUUCAGCGCCAAAAAGAGGGCUUGGCCGAGCUCCGUGAAAGAAUAAAGACGCUGGAGAAGGCUCAGUCUUCAACUGUUACCAGCCAGGGUCCUGAGCCACUUGUGGUUCUAAAGACAGACUUACCAGAGAAAAUAGUACAGAAAGCAAGCCUCAGGAAGGAGCUUCUACCAUUGCCAAUACCAAAAAGAAAUACCAGCCAGUUUCGUAGCAGUUUUCCUGACGGGUGUUCCCCCGAAGCUGUUGACGAGCCAGCAAACAUGGAAGUGUCUGAUGCAUUAGACUUCAGUGAGAAGAUGUACCUUGAUUUAAUCCGUGCUCUGGGAGCGCUGAUGAAUAUGAAAGAGCUGACAGGAAUGCAGUCUGUGAAACAUCUUUCUCUGGAGGAGAGGGAAGAAGUGAGGCUGCAGAGACAGAAGGACCUAGAGCUGCUGUACGAUAAGAUCAGCAAGCUCAAGAGUCGGCUGGAAAGAAAAGAAGAAAUGCUGAAAGAUUAUGAGUCCAGUGCUGAGCAGCUCAGGCUGAACCAAGUGUCUUUGCAAGCGUGCCAGAAAGAGAUGAUUAAAUUAGAAGAUGAAGUCUAUAGGGAAGCAGAAGAGAAUGCUCUGCUGAAAGAGGCCCUGGAGAGGACGCAGGUCCAGCUGAAUCAGGAGAAAAGACUCAACCGAGCAGUGAAACUGCACAAGAGUCUUGCCGAGGACAAGGAGAAGAGAAAUGAAAAGGACUUAUCAGGAUGUGGCCAUUCUCAAAAAGGCCGAGUCGGGAAGCCUGGAGCCCUGAAGUUUUUCCUUUCGGAGAAGCAGAAGAUGAAAGACCGCAUGGCAGAAACGUGCAAGAUGGCAAGCACGUAGGAACGGCCCCGCGUGGGCCUUCGGUUUGCAAAGGGCCGUGGUACGAAUUGUCAUCACAUGCGAGACGGUUCGGGUUAGGCGUGGAGCAAAGUGAGCAACUAUUUUGAAGAGCCCCUUUUAUACUGUCCCGGGAAUAGUGCUGUGUCUGUAAAUUGUAUAGGGCUUUAUUUUCCUGCACUACCUGUGCUGUACUGUGUGCCGUUGUUUAUGGAAGAAUAUGAAAAAAAAGA